CUUUAUUUAAUUAUCCGUUUUACUUCCUAGUGUAGAAUGUGUAUACCUGAAGGGUAUAAACUAGAGGACAAUUAAUUACAUCGAUCUGAUUUAAGGCAAUAUGGAUAUCAUCUUUGUAUUAACAGUGGCCAUAUUUAUUGAAAAAUCGUGUUCUCAAAUAUUGCAACCAUCAACAACGUGUUUGGGAAAUGGAGAUGAAAUAAAGUUAGUGUGCACAACAGUUGACUUUAACCAAGUCAUUAAUUUUGUGUUGAAUAAUAACAUUGAAGCUGGCUGCGCUCCAAGCUGUGCUGUUAAUAUAAUACAAGCUGGCACAACUACAACUUACACGCUUUCAUUUAGCAGUUCAACACACAGCGGCAACUGGACAUGUUCAUAUGGAUCAUCCAUGUCGCCUAUAGUAGUUAUUGCAGAAAAUCCUUGUACAACAAUAAUAACGACACCGACGACGACAACGACAACAACAAGCACAUCAAAAGCACCAACAACAGCAUCAAUAUCAACGACAAAAAUAAAAACAACAAACGCACCAACAACAACAUCAACAUCAUCAUCAACAGUAACACCAACGUCUUCACCAACGCAUUCAACAACCCCCAAUACAUGUCGUAUAUUUUUUAAAGAGAAGCCUUGUGCUUUGAACUACCUCACUUUAGCUGAAAUAGUUGUAUUUGUUAUAGCGUCAUUUUGUGUAGUUGGAUAUUUUAUAAUCAGAAAUCGAAAGCAUCAAUAGAUAUCUGGCAAAGAAACAAAAAGAAACAAUUACAAAGUGCAUGGAAUGAAUAACAUGUAGUGAAUAGACAUGUAAAGAAAUUCGAACCAACUGCAACAAUAUGAUUUCAAAAUUUGUUAUUUGUAAU